UUGCUCUAUUCUCUGGUUCAUUUAUUUCCGUGUUCCAAAUCGCACAAGGACAGAUUGGCCAUAAAGUAACCGAAUCGGCGGACUUCAUCGGACAUGGCGCGACUGCUGAGGAGCGGUUUGAGAGGAUACUUCACUUCUCAGAUCCGAAUGGGAUCCGAUCAGUUGGGUGAACUGGGUAAAGGUGCUGGUAAAGGAGGAGGUGCGGGCGGAUCCGUGAGGGAGGCCGGAGGAGCGUUUGGAAAGAAGGAAGCGGCAGAAGAAGAGCGCUAUUUUAAGCAGAAGGAGAUGGAGCAGCUGGCAGCCCUGAGGAAACAUCACCAAGAAGAGAUCGACCAUCAUAAGAAGGAGAUCGAGCGUCUGCAGAAAGAGAUUGACAGACACAAGGGCAAAAUCAGAAAACUUAAACAUGACGACUGAAGCACUACCACCACCAUCAUCAUCAUAUACAUGUUUCUCUCGCUGACGUCUGUGUGCCUGCCCUGAGGGACUCGCUCUCUCGCUGCCUGUAGUCCAUCAUGAAUCACGUGAUUAGAUGCUUUAUGAAUAAAUGUUUGCAAAAACC